AUGGGCUUCAUAUUAAUCGUGUUAUCUGCGCUGAUCGCAUGGCUGUUUGGCUACUUGAGGCAUUGCUACAGCUACUGGGAGCAGGAGGGAGUGCCCCAGCUGCGUACACACUUUCUGUUUGGCAACUUCUUCAAGCUGAAGUCCGUGCACCUUAGCGAGCUGCUGCAGGAGAACUAUGAUGCCUUCAAGGGCAAAUGCCAAGUGGCUGGCACAUACAUAUACACGCGACCCAUUGCCGUGGUCACUGAUCUGGACCUGGUAAAGGCCAUACUGAUCAAGGACUUCAACAAGUUCGUGGAUCGCAUAAAUACGCCGUUUAAUUUGGAGAAGAAUCCGCUGGCGGGUCAUCUAUUCAAUCUGAAUGGCGAGCAAUGGCGAGCUUUGAGAACCAAGCUGUCGCCCACUUUUACGAGCGGCAAGAUCAAGUAUAUGUUCAGCAGCAUUACGAGCGUCGCUCAGCAGCUGGACGAGACCUGUCGGAGGGAGGUGGCUGCCAGUGCCAACAGCGGCCACAUUUUGGAGCUGCACGCCUUUGGCAUCGAGUGCAACAGCCUCAGAAAUCCAAAGGCCGAGUUCCGCGUGGUGGCACGUAAGCUCUUCACUGAUCACAAUCGGGGUGUUCGCUGGAGUCUCUUUAAGGUGACCUACAUGAAACUUCUGAACAAAAUGCCCAUCAGACUGCGACAUCCCAAUGAGGAUUUCUCUGGCUUCUUUUUGCGCCUCAUUCGCGACACAGUCGAGGUGAGAGAGCGCGAGAAUAUAAAACGAAAUGAUUUCAUGGAUCUGCUGCUCGACCUGCGUCGAACGGAAGAGAAGAAUGGCCUGACCGUGGAGCAGCUGGCCGCUCAGGUGUUUGUCUUCUUUGUCGCUGGCUUCGAGACCAGCUCCAGCAACAUGAGCUACGCUCUCUACGAACUGGCCAAAAACCCAUCCAUUCAAUCCAAACUGAGAGCCGAAAUCCAAAGCGUAUUGCAAAAGCACGGCAAACUCACCUACGAAGCCAUGAUGGAGAUGGAAUACUUGGACCAAGUCGUUAAUGAGACUCUCCGCAAAUAUCCGGCUCUGGCGUCUCUAACUCGCAUUCCUUCCGAGAACUACAAAGUGCCCAGCGAUGAUGCGAAUAUUGUACUGGAGCGUGGCAUAAGCGUGCAUAUACCGGUGCGCGCUAUACACUACGAUCCGGAGAUCUAUCCGGAACCGAACGAGUUUCGACCGGAACGCUUCGAGGCGGCCACCGUGCAGCAACGCCAUCCCAUGGCCUUUCUUGGCUUUGGCGAUGGGCCACGCAACUGCAUUGGGCUGCGCUUUGGACGCAUGCAAGUCAAGGUGGGACUAAUUACUUUGCUCAGCUCAUAUCGUUUCCAGCUGCCCGCCGACGGUUCCAGCGAGCUGACCAUUGGCAGCAAAAAUUUCUUGCUAAUACCGAACGAGGGCGUCAGACUGCGUGUGGAGCCUAUCGAAUAAUAUUACAAGUCGCGACGAGUGUCAAUAAAACGAUAAUCAAUAAAGCAAAAAAGCCACAACAACAAUAACAAUAGU